GACUGGAGGAGAUCACACCGAGGUCUGUGCAAGAUACAGGGAACGUUUUGAAGCAAGGAUAUCUGGAGAAGAGGUCCCGAGAGCACAGCUUUUUUGGGUCAGAGUGGCAGAAGCGGUGGUGUGUCCUCAACAGGAAGACCUUCUACUACUAUGCUAAUGAGAAAAGCAAGCAACCUAAAGGCAACUUCUCCAUCGAGCACUAUAGUGCCCGGCUGGCUUUUCACCUGCGCAAAGACGCUCGAAAAAGAUGCUGUUUCGAGUUAACCUGCCCCGGCAAACGCACCUACGAGUUCACAGCCCCAAGCCCAGCAGAGGCUGAAGACUGGGUGGAUCAGAUCCAGUUCCUCCUAAAGGACCUGAGCUCCCUCACUAUCCCAUAUGAUGAUGAAGAGGACGAAGAAGAGCCCUACAAUGACGUGGACAGCUCCGACUCUGUCAACACAGCAUCCCACAAUACCACCCUGAAUCAGGAUGAGCCACAUGUUGAGAUGGAAGAGGAUGACAUCUACGAGGUUUUGCCAGGUGAGACCGAGACACAGGAGAGCCAACGGCGGGGGAACGAUGCCGCCCUGCUUUGGAGGAGGGCCGUGGGGUUUUCCCGGCGCACAGGCCUGGUGUGCCGGCCCUCCACCUCACGCCGAGAUGAGGAGCUGGAGCCCCCCUUCCCAGAGGACAGCGAGGAUGCCGGGAGCAGACAGAGGAGCGGAGGUCCCCGGCGGGAUUACGCCAAUUACUACCAAGGCAUAUGGGACUGCAGCGGCGAGCACCCCGACGAGCUCUCCUUCCACCGCGGAGACCUCAUCUACAUCCUGAGCAAG